GGCGCGGCGGGGGGCGGAGCGGAGCUGGGGCCAGCGGCGGUGGCCACAGCCUCGGCACAACGAGCGGCUGCAGCAGCUCCCUCUUUCCCGCUCCCUUCUGACGCCUUUUCUCUUCUGUCCUCGGUUUCCCUAAAACAGUGCUAUGAAUGGUGAUUCUGGAGUGGGGGUGGUGACUUCACCACCUCCAACAACAGCCCCUCAUAAAGAGAGAUAUUUUGAUCGAGUCGAUGAAAAUAAUCCAGAUUAUUUGAGAGAGAGGAAUAUGGCACCUGACCUUCGCCAGGAUUUUAACAUGAUGGAACAGAAGAAGAGAGUCUCCAUGAUUCUUCAAAGCCCAGCUUUUUGUGAAGAACUGGAAUCAAUGAUCCAGGAACAAUUCAAGAAGGGGAAGAACCCAACAGGUUUGUUGGCUUUACAGCAGAUUGCAGAUUUCAUGACAACGAACGUGCCGAAUGUCUACCCUGCUGCACCGCAAGGCGGAAUGGCUGCCUUAAACAUGAGUCUUGGCAUGGUGACACCAGUGAAUGAUCUGAGAGGCUCAGAUUCCAUUGCUUAUGAAAAAGGGGAGAAGUUAUUACGGUGUAAAUUGGCAGCUUUCUACAGAUUAGCAGAUCUCUUUGGCUGGUCUCAGCUUAUUUACAAUCAUAUAACAGCCAGAGUAAAUUCAGAGCAGGAACACUUCCUCAUUGUACCCUUUGGACUCCUCUAUAGUGAAGUUACUGCAUCCAGUCUGGUUAAAAUCAAUAUUCAGGGAGAUGUGGUUGAUCGUGGAAGCACUAACCUGGGAGUGAACCAAGCUGGUUUUACUUUGCACUCUGCAAUUUACGCAGCUCGACCUGAUGUUAAAUGCAUUGUUCAUAUUCAUACACCAGCAGGGGCAGCAGUCUCUGCAAUGAAAUGUGGUCUCUUACCAAUUUCACCUGAAGCACUUUCUCUGGGGGAAGUAGCUUAUCAUGACUACCAUGGUAUUUUAGUGGAUGAUGAAGAAAAGGUGGUUAUUCAGAAAAAUUUGGGGCCUAAAAGCAAGGUCCUUAUUCUCAGAAACCAUGGCUUAGUAUCAGUCGGAGAGACUGUUGAGGAGGCUUUCUACUAUAUUCAUAAUCUAGUGCUUGCCUGUGAGAUUCAAGUACGUACCCUGGCCAGUGCAGGUGGACCUGACAAUUUAGUGCUUUUAGAUCCUGGAAAGUAUAAAGCCAAGUCUCGUUCCCCUGAGUCUCCAGCAGGUGAGGGUACAGUAUCCCAUCCAAAAUGGCAGAUUGGCGAACAGGAAUUUGAAGCUCUUAUGCGGAUGCUUGAUAAUCUGGGAUACAGAACCGGCUACCCGUAUCGAUGCCCUGCUCUGAGAGAGAAAUCUAAAAAGUACAGCGAUGUUGAGAUUCCAGCUAGUGUCACAGGUUACUCCUUUACUAGUGAUGGCGAAUCAGGCACUUGCUCCCCCCUCAGACACAGUUUUCAGAAACAGCAGCGGGAGAAGACAAGGUGGCUGAACUCUGGCCGAGGGGAUGAUGCUUCUGAAGAAGGGCAGAAUGGCAGCAGUCCCAAGUCGAAGACUAAGGUGUGGACGAACAUUACACACGAUCACGUGAAACCCUUGCUGCAGUCUCUCUCGUCCGGUGUCUGCGUGCCAAGCUGUAUUACCAACUGCUUGUGGACUAAAGAGGAUGGACAUAGAACUGCCACCUCUGCUGUCCCUAACCUGUUUGUUCCAUUGAACACCAAUCCAAAGGAGGUCCAAGAAAUGAGGAACAAGAUCCGAGAGCAAAACUUACAAGAUAUUAAAACUGCGGGCCCUCAAUCCCAGGUUCUUUCUGGGGUAGUUGUGGACAGGAGUCUUGUACAGGGAGAACUGGUGACCGCAUCCAAGGCAAUAAUUGAGAAGGAAUAUCAACCAAAAGUCAUAGUGAGCACGACAGGACCAAAUCCCUUCAAUAAACUCACCGAUCGGGAACUGGAAGAAUAUCGCAAAGAAGUAGAAAGGAAGCAGAAGGGACCAGAAGAUCACACUCAGUUUGCUGCUGCAUGGGUUUCUUGUCAGACCAUGCAGCAAGUCGUCACACACCUUAACCGAGAAGAGCCAGCUGGGCAGAAGUCCUCCCGUGAGGAAUUUCAUACCGCCUUGAUCAGAGCGUUAAGGUCCGAUCCUGACCUUUUGGCUGAGGCCUCAGAACCUUCAGAAGAUGGCAGGCCCCAGAAAGAGAGAGGCCCCCCUGAGCACACCUCAGCUCGCACUCCUCCCAGCACGCCGAUUAAAAUAGAGGAAGGGCAGGGGUGUUGCCACUGACAGGGAUGUAAACUUCCCCAGCAGAGUUCUGCACAGAGUGGAUGAGGAACUGCUCCUGUGUUACGUACAUCAGCUAUGGGGAAAUGCAAAUUCCAGCCAAGGAAUAACAGCAAGUACUUGAUGGCAGCAACUUCUGCAGCUGUUCCAGCUAAAUCUGCAGGGCUACCUUGGAUUAUGCUGUAAAGUAACAAGGGUGUUUGGCCCCCUCUGUUUGUAUGUCCUGUUAUAUCCCAAAGUCAGUGUGUUUGUCACAGAUACCAAAGUCAAACUACACCAUAGACACCUCUAAAACCUGAAAACUCUUUUCAGCUGAGAAUUGUGCUCCACAACCUCUUGUAGUCUGAUCAAAGUUUUUCAGGACAAACAUACAAAGCUUGUUUUAAAGAGCCCCUAGAAGCUCACUCCAUGACAGCUUUGGUUGGCAGAAGUUCUGUUGAAUUACAGUGUUCAGCCACUGCUGCUCAACCUUUUCUUCAUUGUUAUUGUUUCUAUUUCAGUGUAGCUGAAGUCAGAGAAGUGUGUUGUGUUUAACUCAGUUCCAGCCCAGUUUGUAUGUUUGUCCACAUGUUUGUGUUGAAAAAAACAUAAAGCCUUUAUUUUCAUAAACAAUGUGGAUUGUAAACACACACCACUAUUACUGUAUUUACAUGAAUUUUCUUAUGCCACAGUAACUCUGAAGGGAGAGUGUGGAUGUAGGCAUGAUUAUUCUAAAAAGCCUGACAUUUUAAGGUUCUGCUGAGUUCUUAAACUGUACAUAGAUUUUGCAGCAAGAUUUAUUUUCAGACCUUCCCAGUUAUGCCACUGAAAUCCAUCGAGUGGGAUAGCAAGGCAUUAACCUAUUGUGUGCCUUCUUUAUCCAAUGUGGGCUUUGUAAAGCUCCCUAAUUCUGGUAAAAUACCACCCUUAGAGACAGAAAAAGGUGUUUGCCUGGUUCCAGCAUAAUGUUAAUCCCUUUGGUAAAGAUGAUGGUAAUUUGACAAACUGGGAAGGGUGGCAGUCCUGGAUUAAUGAGUUAUAAAACUGCUUGUAUCUAUCCAGUGCUUAGGGCAGCUGGCAAAUGCUGUUUGAAUGCCUGUACCUUUCUAUUCUGAAAUGUCUAAUUAAGAAAUCAGAAAUUCUGAUUAAGAAAUUAAGAUUUUCAAAUCUCUUUAAAAAUGAGUUUAAAACUUUCUUUUAAACUGCUUUGAAAAUGAUAAAACUGACUGACAAUCUAAUAUUGGUUCCUGUUCUAAAAAUCAGGCCAGGCAAUGAAUAGAACAGACUAUUGCAGUUGGAAGGGACCAACAAGCACCGUCUAGUCCAACUGCCUGCCCCUCUCAGGGCUGGCCAAAAGUUAAAGCAGGCUGUUGAGGGCAUUUUCCAAAUGGCUCUUAACCUCUGCUAGGCUUGGGGCAUGGAGCCACCUCUCUGGGAAGCCUGACCACCCUCUUGGGAAAGAAAUGCUUCCUGAAGUCCAGCCUAACCCUCCCUGGCACAGCUUUGAGCCAUUCCCACGUGUCCUGGCACUGGGUACCAGGGACAAGAGCUCAGCGAUGCUUUCAGUGAAUUCCUGACAAGUCAUAUGAAAUCCCAGGAGGGUGGUGUGGUAGUACAGAGUUGUAGGUGGGGCUAUGUCUCAGAGCUGUAUGGGUUAAACUAGAGCUUCAAGAGGCAGCUUGUAAUGUACAUAACUGCUUUCUCUUUUCUACUGUUUUAAAUCCUGCCUGCAUUAUAACUUUUAAACUGCUAACUUGUGCAUUCGGAGUGUUUGGCACUGAAUACUAGCGUGUUUGGUUUAUUUAACCUAUUACAAAUUCAUGGUGCUCUAGGCAAAACUUGUUGGGUUUCAGAACAGAGCUCUCCAAGAUAUAUUAGAAGAUUAUUAAUUCCAUCUGGCAGAAAUCAAAAGAACACUCACUGUGGUUUCCAUAGGAAGAAUGGGGAAGUACCAAGUAUUUUCUGUAAAUUAUUGUGGAAGCCUUGUGAACAUGAUUUUAAAAGGGGGAAAACCCAGUUGCCUUUCUUUUGUGCCUUACCAUGAGUAUGAGUGUGGCCUGGAUUUUGGUCUGAAUUCCUCCUCACGUAACAUUGAGGGGGAAUGUCUGCCACAGCCAAGGAGAUGUUUCUAAGCUACAGUGCAGGGAGCUUUCAGAGGUGCUCGUUAUUGAAUACACGUGCACCAAGAGAAGCUUGAAACGGAGCAUCUCUAAAGGGAUGAACAAGGACAGUGCCACAGUGUAGGCAGCAGUGGUUAAAGCUCACCCUUGGGCACAGGGUGAUCACUGCAUUUUUUAUUCACCUCUAUAUGGGGUGGGUUUUGCUGUUAGACAUCACAUACAAUUAAAAUCCCCACACUGCUGUUGGCACAACCUGCUGAGCUCACUGGAUCUGAUAAACUACGUGGAUUUCACUGGUCGGAACCUGUAAUAUAUACUUGUAUCUUGCAAACAAAGCGAAGCCUUUGUUGAUAGCAAAUGCUACUCUGAAGCCACAUCUGUUAGAUCUCAUGGAGGAACAUGAUGAAAAUCCAAGCCCUGUGAUUAAACAUUGGCAAGCCACCAGUUAGAAAUUAAUGGAUUUGCAUGUACUGGAUCAGUGCAAGCCAGCAGUUAGUUGCAUCCGACCAAAACAAAAUAAGAAUCAAGACGUGGCACUUGAUGACACUCUCUCCAAUGUCACUGAAAGCUGUAGAUUUAAUUCCUGCUCCCUGUGCUAAAAUCUCACACCGCUUGCCAGUGUUACAAAUAAGACAUCCAAGAAGUCUGGACUGAUACUUUCUUGCUGGUUUACGCCCCCGUGAUGGAAUUCAGCUUUAGCUGUUCUGUGGUAAGAAGCUUAAAACCAAACAAACUUUGAAUAUCUUAUUUCUCUCUCUGUGCCCAAAACUGAAAGAGACAGACCGAUUGGCAAGGCUUCUGUGCAGAGUAGUACUGCAGAGUGCUGGCUGUGCCUCGCUGCCUCCGUUCCAGGGACGCUUGUGCCCACUAACCGUGUCCUUGUCUGUCC